GUGAUGAUUACUCGCGCGAAUCAGGGUCUUAUCGAUAUUUUUCUACGUUGUACCCUGCCAUGAUUAUUUUUAUUGCUCGGGUAAAUCGUCGAGUUUAGAUGUAAAAAUAAAUAAUAUCCAACCCAAGGUUGGUUCGCGUUCAAUUAUAAUUUUCUGUAGUUUGUGUUAAAUUCCUGUCAAGACUUAUCUAAGAAUUAAGCCUUACAUCGCGUGGUUUUUUCUAUUGAAAGGAAUACCAUAUUUUACUCAAUCCUCUUUAUUUACCUAAUAGACCAUGAACGUGUGUUUUCCAAAGUUGAAACAAUGGUGGUGUUGUUAUCCGUGUCCGGUGAGAAUAGGAGUGAAUCAUAUUUGCGUUAUUGGUUUUGUAUGGAACUUUGCGCACUUAAUAGAUGGAUCCUCAAAAAAAGAUCCGCCUGAUUUCCUCAAAUUCCUGGACAGUCUAUAUUCACCAUCGUACUCGUAUGGGCAUAAUUUCGUAGAUUAUGGUCAGUUGUACUACGUCAUUCAAAGUUUUGUGAUGUUCAUCGGGAUUUGCCCCGGUUUAGUUAUGGAGUCAUUUAGCUGCCUAAAUCCGUUGGCCGUGAGUGAAACGCUUAUGGUUCUUAUGUAUUUGAUCAAAAUACUGACCUUUGUGUGGCUGCGUUUGCAUUUCAUUCAAUCGACAGAAGACCCUGUAAAACUGUUUAUUUUAUUUGCACUCCAUUAUUACUUUUGUUCGAUUAUCUUCAGUUUCUUCAACCAAAUAUCAAAACGAGAGUAUAGGCGCGAACAUGAAAUGCCCACAUGCAUUGAAAUCAUUACAUCGAUGAAAGAAGCAUCAUCUCCUUCUGCAUCUGCCCCCCGACAGAAUGACCAAACCUUACCUGAUACUCCUGUAUUUACUCAGCCCGAUUUGUCGAUAAACCCGCCUAAUGAACGAUCUCAAACUGCGAUCCCACUUGGAUUCAACAUGCCUCAAUCUGUUGUCGUUAAUGAAAGCCCACCGUCAUAAUGCUGCUUGAGUAAACGUAACGUACCAUGUAGCCCAUAAGUUGUAUAUUUACCUAUACAUAUAAGUUCAUAUGUGCUCAGGCAAUUUCAUGUUAAAUAAAAUGAAAAUGAAACGAUG